AUGAUGAGGCGGUCGGACAGCAUCGCGGACAUGAUGCCCGAGGCGCUGCGUCAGAGCCGGUACCACAUGAAGCGCUGCUUCCAGCGGUACGUGUCCCAGGGCAGCAGGCUCAUGAAGCAGCAGCAUCUCCUGGAGGAGCUCCACGGCGGUGGCGGCUCGGCGGCGGUGGACAACAAGGACAGCAGCAGGCUCGCCGACGGCUUCCUCGGCCACGUCAUCUCCUGCACGCAUGAGGCCGUGGUGCUCCCUCCCUACGUGGCCCUGGCCGUGCGGAGGAACCCUGGCGUCUGGGAGUACAUCACCGUCCACUCCGGCGACCUCACCGUCCAGCAGAUCACGCCCUCCGACUACCUCAAGCGCAAGGAAAUCCUAUACGACAACCAUUGGGCGCAGGACGACAACUCGCUGGAGGUGAACUUGGGCGCCCUGGACCUCUCCACGCCUCGCCUCACGCUGCCUUCCUCCAUCGGCAACGGCAUGCACUUGGUCUCCAGAUUCCUGUCCUCCAGGCUCGGCGGCGGCAGCAGGCCUGGCACUGGCACUGCCACGGAGAAGAUGUCGUCGAUGAAGAAGCCGCUGCUGGACUACCUGCUGGCGCUCAGGUACCGGCCGGGCGACCAGCAGAAUAAGCUGCUCAUCAGCGACACCCUCGACACCGUCGGCAAGCUCCAGGCGGCGCUGCUCCUCGCCCAGGCCUUCGUCUCCGAGCAGCACCCGGACACGCCGUACCAGCAGAUGGCGCACAGGUUCCAGGAGUGGGGGCUGGAGAAAGGAUGGGGCGACACCGCCGAGGCGUGCGGCCAGACGCUCGCCUGCCUCUCCGAGGUGCUCCAGGCCCCGGACCCUGCUAGCGUGGACAGGUUCUUCAGCAGGGUGCCGUCGGUGUUCGACGUCGUCAUCUUCUCCAUCCACGGCUACUUCGGGCAGCAGAAGGUCCUGGGGAUGCCCGACACCGGCGGCCAGGUCGUCUACAUCCUGGACCAAGUCAGAGCGCUUGAAGAGGAGCUUCUUCAGAGAAUCAAGGGGCAGGGCCUCACUUUCACGCCCAACAUCCUUGUGCUGACAAGGCUCAUACCAGAAGCAAAGGGCACCACCUGCAACGUGGAGCUGGAACCCAUUGAGAACACAAGGCACUCCAGCAUCCUCCGUGUGCCGUUCAAGACCCAAGAUGGCCAGGAUCUGCCCCACUGGGUCUCCCGGUUCGACAUUUACCCUUACCUAGAGAGAUACGCACAGGAUUCUUGUGCCAAGAUCCUAGAUAUAUUGGGGCGCAAACCAGAUCUGGUCAUCGGCAAUUACACUGACGGCAAUUUAGUAGCUUACCUCGUGUCAAGGAAGCUAGGAGUUACCCAGGGGACGAUCGCGCAUGCUCUCGAGAAGACAAAGUAUGAGGAUUCCGAUGUCAAGUGGAGAGAAAUGGACCACAAGUAUCAUUUCUCGUGCCAGUUUACUGCUGAUAUGAUCGCGAUGAACACCAGCGACUUCAUCAUCGCUAGCACCUACCAAGAAAUAGCAGGAAGCAAAGACAAGCCUGGCCAGUAUGAGAGCCACUAUGCGUUCACAAUGCCAGGGCUCUGCCGCUUCGCUACAGGCAUCAAUAUCUUCGACCCCAAGUUCAAUAUCGCUGCCCCUGGCGCGGAUCAAUCAGUUUAUUUCCCAUUCACACUAAAGCACAAGCGCCUCACAGACUUGCACCCACAGAUCGAGGCGCUAGUCUACGGCAAAGAGGAAAAUGAUGAGCACAUAGGCUACUUGGAAAACAGGAGCAAGCCGGUCAUAUUUUCAAUGGCAAGGCUUGACAAGGUGAAGAACAUCACUGGGCUGGUUGAAUGGUAUGGUCAGGACAAGAGGCUCAGGGACCUUGUCAACCUUGUAGUCGUGGGAGGGCUCCUGGACCCCACGAAAUCCAAGGACAGGGAGGAGAUCGAGGAGAUAAACAAGAUGCACAGUUUGAUCAACAAGUACCAGCUCAAGGGGCAGAUCCGAUGGAUAAAAGCCCAGACAGACCGUGUCCGCAAUGGGGAACUUUACCGUUGCAUAGCAGAUACCAGGGGAGCCUUUGUUCAGCCUGCGCUCUAUGAAGCGUUCGGACUAACUGUCAUCGAGGCAAUGAACUGUGGGCUGCCAACCUUUGCAACAAAUCAGGGAGGCCCCGCAGAAAUCAUUGUCAAUGAGGUCUCAGGUUUCCAUAUCAACCCAUUUGAUGGCAAAGAAGCAAGCAACAAGAUUGCCAACUUCUUCCAGAAAUGCAACGAAGAUCCCAUGUACUGGAACAGAAUGUCCACCGCUGGACUGCAACGCAUCUACGAAUGCUACACCUGGAAGAUAUAUGCAACCAAAGUUCUGAACAUGGGGUCAAUGUAUGGCUUCUGGAGGACCCUGGACAAAGAAGAGAAGCAGGCCAAACAGCAGUACCUACAGAUGUUCUACAACCUUCAUUUCAGGAAGCUGGCAAAUGCGGUGCCGAAAGUGGGCGAACAACUUGACCAAGCUACGGCAGUGGCAUUGCCUGAUAGGUCGGCACCAAGGCCAAAAGAAAGGCAAAAGGACGCAGAUAAGGAUUCAGAGAAUUGCGAGCAACUUACUUGGACCAGUGCUGCCAGCCUCUCAUCUCUCGGAUACUGCUUGAAGUGA